CUAUUAAUGACAUAGAAGUUAGUAAUUUUGGAUUUAUCAAUUUCCGCAAGACAAGAGACAAUCGACUGAUCGCGAUCGAUAAUUACAAAUAUAAUUAGAGAAGCGUGAUGUAGUGAAGCAACUCAACCUCGAUUUGGAAGCGAUCGGUGGAUAAUUUUGUCACUUCCAAUAUGAACUUCGGAAGAUUAACUCUAGUGAUUUUGUUCGCGGCAAAAAUAGCCGCGUCCUUUGACGUCGGGUCCCUGAAUUCUAUCGAAGAAAUAAUUGAAUUUGUCGCGGAAGUUGUUGAUUCAAUUAAUGGAGAGAAGCUGAAUGCAGCUGAAAAGCUAGUGGACAGUUUUAGGAUCAACGGGUACCGAAAUUACGGAGAAAUGGUCAGGAAAUAUUUCGCCGAGUUUCCACAUAAAAAAGUGACCGAUCAACAGAUCGAGGAAUUGAAGAAUUAUAUCGAAAAAAUAGGCAAUGCGUGGAUUAAAUUUACAUCUGAAGAGGCAAAAGCAGAGUUAGGGGAAUUCGUUAAGCUGUUGCCAGAGAUAUUGGGCAAACUGUACAGUAUUUAUGUCGGAAAUGGUCGAAAUAUCAAAGGAUUCCCAACUCGAGUUGCAACAGAUUUGAAACCUGUGCCAUGCGAAAUGACAGAAAACGACCAAUUGCGCCUGCGGAAACUCCAUCAAAUUUUUAUACUGUCAGAACUCCGCGGGUUUAUUUUAUCCCUGAAGACUUCCGAGAACCCUCAAAAGGUAGCAGCUCGUGCCGUUUUUCACUCCCAGCAAUAUUUGCAGGCUACUCGCCAAGGUUUCCUCAAAAAAUGGAAUCAGCAUCGACGCUGUGAUCCUUGAAAGGACAUUAGAGGUGAAACCUUUUCGGAAUUUCUGGGCCUCUUUCAAGGCGUGAUAGUCAAUGAGAAACAAACCGACAGUGUCGAUGCUUCUCAUUGCAAAGAUUAUUGCCCGGCUGUGGAUUAUUUGAGAAUAGUCAGAUGCUAUGAUGCCGUUGACGAGAAUGGAACCAUCACCCAUUGCCAUGCAAAACCUUGCAAUGGAAUACUACAUGCUUGCUACAAUAUAGCCA